AUGUCAAACCAUAGAAUUAUUCCGAUGGAUGUAGGGUGCGGUAUAUUGAGUCAGCUUCCCGUCAAGGCUCUUCUCCGUUUCAAGAGCGUGUCAAAAGAAUGGUGUUCCCUAAUCAAUGAUCCCUAUUUCAUCAAACUCCAUCUCAGACAAUCAAUGGAAACCAACAGGAAUAAUCUCAACAUCAUUCUUAAAGAAAGAAUAUCCGGUAAACUCCUCUCCGUAGGCUUUGAUUCCGUCAAUCUCGACAAUCCCAGAGAACUCGAUCACCCGUUGAAGCGUCGACCUGGUGCAGUACCUGAUGAUGAUUAUGAUUAUGAUUAUGAUUAUACUCAAGUUGUGGGUUCAUGCAACGGGUUACUCUGCUUAACCACUUACGAUCAAAUAUAUGGGACAGUCGUGUUGUGGAACAUCUCGACGGGGGAUUACAAAGUUUUACCCAAUGAGCUGGUGAAACUACCACCGACAUGGGGCGAAGUUGAGCAAGUGACCUUCUACGGGUUCGGGUACGACUCCAUCAAUGACGACUACAAGCUAGUAAGGAUUGUUCAAGACAUUGACUUGUCAAGAAGCCCUCCGCUCCUAGUUGAAGAAGUAAAAGUUUACAGCCUUAAAGCAAAUACAUGGAGAAGGGGUGAAGAAAUCCCUAACCACUACUUUCUUCAGCACUUUUCGAGAAAGGUCGGUACGUUUGUUUGUGGGGCUUUACAUUGGCUUGGAAUCAAAGAAAGAACAUGGGAAUCUCCCAGCAGCGUCAUUGCCUUCGAUGUUACAACUGAGAAAUAUCAUCAAAUAGAGCUGCUCGACAAUAUGGAACGCAAAACGUAUAACGUGGACUUGGGAGCUUUACAAGAAUGUCUUUGUGCGAUUGCAACUUGUUUAGACAAUGCUGUUAAUGUAUGGAUAAUGAAGGAUUAUGGGGUGAAAGAGUCUUGGACUAUGCUGUAUUGUUUGCAAGGAUGUUUAUCUUCGGGUGCUUAUUUAUACCCCCUUCUUCUUGCUUAUUCCAAAAACGAGGACGGAAUUCUAUUGGAAAAGGAAGGCAUGUCCCUUUUAUGUUAUGACAUAAAUGGUAAGGGGUUCAAGGACUUCAACCUCCCUCAGUUGCAGAAUUUUAAACCCCUUUGCCCUGAGAUUUGUAUGGAAAGUCUCGUUAAACUUGGUGACUAG